AUGAAGUGGGGUUCCCGGAAGAGCCUUCUGGCAGUGAACAACAUCACCUCCGUGGUGAUCCUCAGCGAGCAGGCCAUGUCCUCACACUUCCACCAGCAAGUGGCCGUGGUGCAGAUGUCCCCAAGCUUACUCAGCGUGUCCUUCCUGUCCACGGGGGUGACGCACAGCUUGCGCACAGACAUGCAUGUCAGCGGGGUGUUCGCCACCAAGGAUGCCAUUGCUGUCUGGAAUGGAAAACAGGUGCUGGUCUUUGAGCCUUCUGGAACCAUGUUACGGAAUGCAGGAACCUUCCUUUGUGAAUCUCCGGUGUUAGCCAUGCAUGAGGAAAACGUGUACACUGUGGAGCCAAACCGAGUUCAAGUUCGAACGUGGCAGGGGACUGUGAAACAGCUCUUACUGUUCUCCGAGGCAGAGGGGAGCCCAUGCUUCCUCGACGUCUGUGGAAAUUUCCUGGUUGUGGGGACAGACCUGGCUCAUUUCAAAAGCUUUGAUCUUUCCCGAAGAGAGGCGAAAGUGCACUGCAGCGACAAGAACCUGGCCUCGCUGAUCCCGGGCGCAGCGGGCAUGGCCUCCCUCAGGUGUAACGCCAGUGGCAGCAAGAUCAGCAUCCUCCUCAGCAAGGCGGACAACAGCCCUGAUUCCAAAAUCUGCUUCUACGAUGUGGAAAUGGACACGGUAACCAUCCUUGACUUCAAGACGGGGCAGAUUGAUCAGAGGGAGACAUUGCCCUUUAAUGGCCAAGAGACCAAGAAGAGCCACGCCUUUGUGGAUGAGAGACUGAUGGAUCUCAUUCCCGUGAACCAUUUCUGGGACCAGAGCGAGCCCAGGCUGUUCGUGUGCGAGGCCGUGCGGGAGGCGCCAGGAGCCCAGCUGCAGCCUGGGGACAAGAAGCCGCCCACCGAGGACAGCCAAGGCCCCACGGCCUACAAGUACCUGGAGGAGAUGCGGAAGCGAGUGCCCUCUGCCAACAUGUCCUACUACGUGAACCAGCGGACCGUGGAUGCCGUGCACCAGGGCCUGGGCAUCCCUCUGGUGCGCACCGUGCCUGAGCGCAUCCGCCACAACAGCGUGGAGGACCACAAGGAAGUAGACGAGGAGGUGGUGGAAGAGGUGGAGAGUGACCCCUGA